GUGGCACUCCUAUCGAUUCUUUAUCGAGCAGGAUCUAACCUCGUUCUCUUCUUGUCCGGGUCGUCUACAACGGUCGCGGGUCGACUCGCCGUUCUUUCAAUCCUUUUCGUGGCCGCGUGGCCUGAGGCGAUUGCCUCAGGCCACGCGGAGGAUCGUAUCUUUCGUGUGUGAUUUAAAAGAAAGAAGAAAUAUCGCAAGCUGAUGGCAUUGGCUUUCGCAUUCAGAAGGUGGACUGAGACCGCGCGCAGCUCAUACAGCGAUCUAUGUUCAGGAAACAGACUCUCUUUAUGUUUUCGGCGGCUAUGAUCUCAAUUACAUACUCAGUAACUUAGAAAUAUACAGGUUUAGCACAAGUCAAUGGGAAGACGAAUAUGGAAAUGUAUUAGAAGGCGCAACAUCUGCCGAGUAUCUGGAUCCAACAUUGAUCGCUAUGGAAUUACAAUGCAAUCCUGGUACCAAAGAGAUAUACGGCCUACCGACAUCAACUUUAAUUUGGAAGCUACUUUAUAGCAUCAAAGAUAAUAAUACAUUAGGUCAACACGGUUCGCGAGAAUUCAAGAAUAUGCAUAAGGACAAGGAGAACGAGAAGAGCAAAAGUACCAUUAGGAUCGGUAGGAACGAUGAUCCCAGAUGAAAGCAUGUCCACGACAUGUAAGACCAAGAUAUUCGCAAAUAUCAACAAGAUAUCGCAGAAACUUGGAAAACUUGUACAAAAAACACGCGGCGAUGCAACGGAUAUACAGAAUGACGACGUGAAAUGGGAAGAGCGAAUCGUGGAGGGAUUCGCAGAAGAAAAUUGUUUUUGAUCCAGAGUAUCCGAAAGUAACUACUGAUUCACUAAAAGUUGAACAGAGCUAACUAUUGAUAAAUUACUCAAACCGAGUCCUCGAUAUGGUCACGCCGCAUGUAAAUAUUAAGCAGUCAACGAUCGUUCGUAAUUCAGAUUGAAGUUAAAAGAUCUUUUAUCCUUGGAGAUAUCUCCAAAGAUUCGUGAUACGCUCAAUCUACACGCAUCAAGGAUCGGGUUCGUAAUUUCAACACCAACAACGGUCGACCCGCCAUUCGUUUAAUCCUCUUCGUGGCCUGAGGCCUGAGGCGAAUCUUUCGUGUGUGAAAGAAGAGAUAUCGCGUACCGAAUAAUUAAAAAUGCCUUGGCUUGUGAUAAAAUUCAAUUUGGAAAACACUGUAGAAGCGGUGCCAAAAAAUUGGUAUUGUAAAGAAACAUUUUCUUGUUACUGGCCGCCAGAUACUUGCAAUCAUUCAAUUAGCGAAAAGAUAAAAAAUCAAUAUAGUCCAGAUCCUUUAUUGUGGGAAACACAUCCCGCUGAAAUAUUGGGACAAUAUGAUGAUUUUAAAAUUGCUAAGAAAAAGGCCAAUAAAGCCAAAAGUACCAAUGAGCUUUCCUCGAAUAAUGAAGAUUUUAAAAAGAAAAAGAUACUAAAAAAACACAAAGAUAAUAAAACGCGACAUAAUACAGAUACCGAUAAUACAUCAUUAGAUGAAUAUUCAAAUAAUGGAAAUAGUUACCCCGUCACAUCUUUUCUGAAUUUGGAAAAAUCAGUGAAUGACACUCAUCAAAUUACUGUUCAGCAUAAACGUACAGAAAAAAAUAUAAAUAAUGCUUCAAAUUCAAUUGUUAUAAGUAAGGAUGCUUUUUCAAAAUAUCAGUUAUUAAAUUCAAAAUAUCAAGAGGAGGUACUGAAGGAAAUAAACUUACUACAUCUAAAAAUUAAUGAUAUAUCGGAUAGCAUAAAAGUUAUCAUUAAUAGUGCGAAAGUAAACACCGAAACUGUUGUCCAAAAUGAUAGAUCGGAAGUUUUAAAAAUCAUACAUUUAUUUCCGAUGACCGAAGAAUCAUUAAUUGAGGUGGAAGAUUGGAUUAACUCAUCAAUAGAUAAUAAAGAAGCACUGACUAAAGAGUUAAGUCAUAUAGGAGGCACCACCUUAAAGGAAUUGAUUAAAAAAUUAAUGUACAGAUUAUUCUUUAAUGAAGUUGGAAUGUUAUACUCAUGGGAAGGGGCCAAAAAAAAGAAGGUUUUCAAAAACUUAAAUAUUGCAGCUGUUAUUUUAGAUGUAGUUCGUGUAAAUCCGAAAUUUCAAAACGCCACUGAAAUUGAAGCAAUUAAUUAUAUAAAAUCUUGGCUCGUUAGAAGUAAGGAUCGAUAUAACAACGGAGAAAGACUAACCAAAUUGUAAAGAACACUCAGGAAGAAACCAAUCAAGUUGACUCUCCGUAGACUCAACACUAACGACAAAGAUACGUAUUUAUAAUUUUUAAUAUCCAUGCGAAAUGUAACAUUUCAUCGAGGCCGCUUCGAUAAUUGAAAAACUAUUAUAUUCAUGUGAUAAUUAUUUUCAUGCGAUAAUUAUUUUCAUUGAUUGCACAAGUCAUGUCUAUAUAAUUGAUAGGAUUAUAUGUUUGACACUUUACGUAGACAAUUGUUUACUGCAAUGUGUCAAUGAUUUAACUUUAAAGCGGUCCUCCUAGACACUCGAUAUUACUGAUCGUUUAAACUGGUUUUUAACAUUGAUGGAUACAGAUACAUUAUCAGAAAUGAUAGUGUGUAGAUUUUAAAUAACUUUUGAUCCCGUACACUGCAUUCAAUGGGUGUGUAGGGAAUCCGGUAAUUUUUUUAAGUAUUUUUUAAAUAUAUACUGUAUUUCGAAUAAAAAUGAAUCAAAAAAAGAGUUUUCGAGAAAAACGUUCUCGACAUAUUAAAAAGAAGGUAAAUCAAUCUCUAGCAAUUAUUAACAGUACUUAUCAAUUUCGUGUUCAAAAUUCAAUGAAUGAGACAACAAACGUUGAAACCGAUCACUCGCUUGAUGAAACCGAUUACAGCUACUCAAAUAAUAAAAUUGAUUAUUAUUCUGAUAGCGAGGACACUGGUUUGCGUUAUAUAGACAUUGACAAUUUAACAUUCAACGAACAACCCACCCAUAGUUGUGCUAACGUAAUUAAAAAUACAAAUUUGCGUUUGAAUCAUAUCAAAAAUAGUGAUCAGCUAUCUACAAAAAUUGCUACUUGGGCUGUCAAAAACAACAUUCGUUUUUCUUCACUAAGACAACUGCUUAGUAUUCUACGCAAAGAUCCUUUUUGUUGCAAAGAUUUACCAACAGAUCCUCGCACUCUUUUAAAAACGCCUAAUAAAUCAUAUGGUAAAAAAUUAGGAUCCGGUUUAUAUCACUAUUUCGGGGUAGCUGAAACAUUAAAUUCUUUAUGUAUUUCUCUAAAUAUAAAUGUAACAUCCAGCACAGAGUUUUUUCUUGCAGUUAAUAUUGAUGGGCUACCUUUGAGUAAAAGUUCUGCAAGUUCGUUUUGGCCUAUUUUGUGUUCCGUUAAAUCAAUCGAAGCUCUUAAAAAUAAAGUUUUCUUAGUAGCUCUCUAUCAUGGAAAUGAAAAACCGAAUUCUAAUGAUUUUUUACUUGAUUUUGUUAAUGAAUGUGCAAAGUUAACAACAGAUGGCAUAUUAAUCAAGACUGUAAAAUGUAAUUUUAAAAUUCAAAUGUUAAUCUGCGAUACACCUGCUAAAUCAUUUGUUCUAUCAGUCAAAAGUCAUUCAGGCUACUUUUCUUGCACAAAGUGCAAUCAAGAAGGGGAAAUGAUUAAUAAUGUUAUUUGUUUUAUUGAAACGGAAAAUCUUGUAAAAUGAACAAAUGAGUUUUUAGAAAUAAAGUUCAUCCAAAACAUCACAUUGGUGAAACUCUUUUAAUUAAUAUUCCAAGCUUUGAUAUUAUUGAUAAUGUGCCUCUGGAUUACAUGCACAAUCUUUUGUUAGGCGGAACUAAGAGAUUGCUGUGCAAUAAACACUAUGGGUGGAUAUUUGGUAAACCUCCUCACAAAUUACGUGCCAAACAUGUUAAUGAUAUUACUAAUUUACUUUUUAAAUUACAAAAAUAUAUUCCUUGUGAAUUUUCAAGAAAGACUCGAUCUAUAGUAGAAUGCAAGCGAUAUAAGGCAACUGAAUUUAGACUUUUUUUACUAUAUACAGGCCCAAUAGUCUUAAAGCAAGUAUUGUCUCCUAAAGUUUACAAUAAUUUUAUUACACUCAGCUUGGCGAGCACUAUCUUAAUUAGUAAUUAUUAUUCAAAGCAUGAACGUUAUAUUUCUUACGCUCACGAGCUCAUAAAGCAUUUUAUUACUAAUUCUAUUCAAAUCUAUGGUCCAGAUUUCAUUUCACAUAACAUACACAGUUUAUUGCACUUGAGCGAUUGUGUAAGAUUAUUCGGUUCGCUAGACAACUUUAGUGCUUUUCCAUUUGAAAAUUUUCUGCAAAAGUUAAAAAAAAUGGUUCGUAAAAGUUCCCAACCCCUGCAACAAGUUGUUCGUCGAAUCGUUGAAGAGAAUGUUUUAAUGUCUACUAAGAAUACUGAUAAUAAUUUGUCUACAGAAUUGUUAAUGGAACAUUCUGAUGGACCCUUAAUAAAUACUUGUAAUCCUCCUCAGUACAAAAAACUUAAAACUAUCGAAUAUUGUUUAAAUAUUAAUAAAAUUGCUGACCGAUUUGUACAGUUGAAAAAUAAAACAAUAGUUGAAAUAAAAAAUUUUGUUACCCAUAAAGAUUCAGCAGCUUUUUUAGGUUAUAGCUACAGUUUACAAAAUGAUUUUUACUCCAAGCCAUGUAAUUCAUCUUUGUUCGACAUACAGUAUUGAAAAAAAUUAAUAAUUUACUUGAAAUGUGGUCUGUUGAUAACAUAAGUAGGAAGUUAAUAGUUCUACCAUAUAGAGGUCAAUACGUUACUUUUCCACUAUUACACAUAAGUGUAAUAGUACAUAAUACAUAAUACAAGUACAUAAUACUUAUGUAAGUGUAAAACUUUAACUCUGAUUAUAAAAUCAGAGUUAAAGUUUUUAUUUAAACAAAUGUUUUAAUAUAAUUGUUAAACAGAACAUACAUUUUUCAAUUCAACUUUAUUGCGUUUUUAUAUAGUGUGAGUUAUUAUAAAAAUAUUAAAUCUAAAUAUGUGUAAAAUUUUUGUAACCAUUUGGUUUAUGUACAAAAAGUUAAGGUUACUGAUGCCUUACUGCAGCCAUAUUCAUAUUACAUAUACUAACAAAACUCUAAUAAAUAUUCAUGAACAAAUUGUUAUAGAUCUACUUGCUCGUUUAAAAGCCUUUUAUCAGUAAUAAACAAAAAAUUAAAUAACCUUUAAACUAACAAGAGCAUUGUGUUCAAAUUUUACACAAAUACACGAACGUAAUAAUAGAACAAUCUGUAAACUUUUUAUAUUCUUAGUAAUGCUUUUGAGGUACCACUAUCAUUAAAUUCAUCUGGUGAAAUAUAAACCAUCUAAAUUUUGUAUACUGAUACCAAAAACUUAGUUACCGAACCAUUUUGUUAUAAGGCUACCAGAUUGUUUAGUCAAAACAAUUAUAUAUUUAGUAAUUAUAAGGAUAAAAUUUCGAUGGUUUAUAUUUUACCAUACGUCUGGUCAAUUUAAAAUAUUAUUCUUAGUGUAUAAUCAAAUACGCAUUCAAAUAAAUGAUUUAUUUUGACAUAUUAUUCAAGAAAAAAAUCAUAGCAUUUCUUGUUUCCACAUCAUAAUUCAAUAUGGGUGUAGUAAGGGAUCAGGAGCCUUAAACACAACGUUAAUUGUUUUAUUAAUUCCUUUACAUCAACAAAUCGUCUCAGCUGCUAUAAGUAUUUAAUUCUUAAGAAGUUGAUUAUUUUUUUUUACACAAAAAUAUAUAUUUUCCGGUAUUAUAUGAAAUGCUCGAUGUAUCUCAGUGAUUCGAUCUGAUCGACAAAGGGAGUAGUCUGAUAUGCACAUGAACAUACGCCAUAUUAUACGUGAUAGCGUUUAAUUGAUUUUUAUAGAUUAUAAGAUCGAUGUCAGACGAGACACUGAGAUAGUCAUUAGCACAUAGAGACUGAUGCUUUUCAUAUAGAUAAAAUAUAUAUUUAUAUAUAUACAUAUAUUAUUUAGAUUAGAGUUCUCAUGCAGUAUAUUAUACGUAAGUUGUGCCUGUGUAAAGCGUGUGAAUGUAUUGUACCUGAGAAUAUGAGUACAUGAGGGAAAUUGUGAAUAUUAGAGUAUGUGUAAUUACAAGAAUGAGAGAGAGAGAGAGAGAGAAAGUAAGCAAAGAGAAGGAAAAGGAAAGAAAGAGAGAAAUGAACAGAGGGAGAGUGCAAAAGAAAAAGAAUGAGAGAGAAAAAGAGCUAGAAAGCCACGAUAAUGAUAUACAUAAACGUGGCAUAUACGUCGUUGUAGACACAUAUAGGAGGUAUAUAAGAUUGUAUGUAUUAAUUAUUAAUAGUAUUAAUAUGGAACAAACAUUUUGAUUUGUUUAAUAACUUUUCAAAUAAAUAAUGUAUUUAUUUA